AACCGUCACUGUGGAGAAUCUGUUGAGAUUUGUAACCGGCAAAGGCGAUAGUAAUUGUAGCGUUGCUUAUCGAUAGUUCAAGAAUCGCUGCUUUUGCAUCACCAACAAAAAAACACUAGAUUGCAGAAGCGCCAAAUUUUUACGUUUAUUAGGAUUAAGUAUACUUUUUGUUAAAAUAAAGAACGAGUAUUAUACAAAGCAGUCCAGAGAAGGCAAACUCAAUUAGUUGGAACCGUUUUAUUCAUACGUUUGUCACAUCAUGUCCUUUUUUGGAUCGAGUACGCCGCUGGGAGCAACAAGCACGCCGGCCAAAAGCUUUGUAUGCGAAUGUCCUUUGGAUCGAUGCUGCAACAGGAUGAUCAUUCGAUUAUGAGGCACGAAAGAUAAAAACGAAACUCACCCUUUCUGGUGGAUAACGUAUGCCACAUACGCCGCUGAGCCCAGCACCAAGAGAAACAAAAUAAGAAGAACAGCCAUGUCUUUCGACCUCUUGCGUUCAGUGUCCGAAGCAAACUAUUGCUAGCUUAGAAUUUCGGACACUGUAAUCACAGAUAAGAUCCCACGGCGGAAGCUGACUACGAAUUAUUGACCCAAUUUUUUGUUUUGCUUAUCUCCUCACAUGGAAGCCGGCGGCAUGUUUGGUUCACCAUUUGGAUCGGCGACCGGAGCUGGUCAAGCAGUGUCUGCGUUCGGCAGCCCGGCGACAGCAGCUCCAGCGUUUGGAACCGCAACAGCGACGCCUGCUUUUGGAGGCGGAACUGCGUUCGGCACUGCCACGGCUGGGCAAGGCUUUGGAGCUCCGACGGCAGCACCAGGUUUUGGAGCUGGUAAUGCUGCACCAAAUUUUGGUACUCCCACAUCUGCCCCACCGUUUGGCGGCUCUGCUUUUGGUGGUGCCCCAGGUUUUGGAGCUGUUCAGACAACAACAGCCACACCAGGACUUGGUGGGGGCUUCGGCGGAUUCGGUGCUGCUCCGGCAUCAGGUCAGGGAGGCUUGUUUGCCGCACCAGCGACAAGCACUGCGCCACCGGCUUUUAGUGGAUUUGGUCAGCCGGCCGCUACCAGCACAGCGCCAGCGAGUGGAUUUGCAGGCUUUGGAGCAACAACGACCACGGCGCCAGUGUUCGGUGGCUUUAGCACUGGCCAGGCGACAGGAUUUGGCGGUAGUGUGUUUGGAUCCAACUUUGGAAAGCCGUCGAAUACCACAGUAACGCCUGGCUUUGGUGGAUUCGGUGGCACCAGUUUUAUGCUCGGCCAGCCACAACAGCAGCCCGCACCCAUAUCAGCCGAUGAGGCGUUUGCUCAAUCCAUUCUGAAUGUCUCAAUAUUUGGCGAUGAGCGUGAUAACAUUGUGGCCAAAUGGAACUACCUGCAGUCCAUGUGGGGCACUGGAAAGCUUUUCUAUUCGCAGAGUGCGCCCCCAGUCGAUAUCACGCCGGAGAAUUACCUGUGUCGCUUCAAGGCCAUCGGGUACAGUCGCAUGCCAGGCAAGGAUAACAAAUUGGGACUCGUGGCUCUGAAUUUCGACAGGGAUCUGUCGGCCAUCAAACCGCACCAGCAACAAGUGAUUCAAACGCUGCACAGCUUGUUCGGCAGCAAGCCCAACAUGAUGGUGCACAUUGAAACCAUAAAAGAGUUGGAGAAUAAAAAGUGUCAGAUGGUUAUCUACGUGGACGAGAAACUGCAGCAUGCCCCGAACGAGGGAAAGCGGAUUUUGGCCACUGAGCUCUCGAACUAUUUGAACCAGGCAUCGCUUAAGCCUCAGCUCACGAAUCUGGGAAUUGUGGAAGCAUUGGCCCUGGUGUUGCCGGACGAGGAUCAACUGAAGGAGUAUCUUGAGAAUCCCCCCCGUGGCGUAGACCCCCGUAUGUGGCGUCAAGCCAAUUUGGAUAAUCCAGACGCUGGUAAAUUCCUGCCAGUGCCGAUGAUUGGCUUCAACGACCUGAAAUGGCGCGUCAAGUGUCAGGAGCAGGAAACAGACACCCAUGCCCUGUACAUGAAGAAGGUGGAAGGAGAACUAACGGAGCUGAGACACCGGCAUGCCACGGCCUCGGCCAAAAUCUUGGAGCACAAACGCAAGCUGGCUGAGCUCAGUCAUCGCAUACUUAGGAUUAUUGUAAAGCAAGAGUGCACACGGAAGGUGGGCUCCUCGCUGACGCCCGAGGAGGAGGCCUUGCGCACCAAGCUGCAGAGCAUGCAGGCCGUGGUAUCGGCGCCCACACAGUUUAAGGGGCGGCUCAGCGAGCUGCUGUCCCAGAUGCGAAUGCAGCGGAAUCAGUUUGCUGGCAAUUGUGGGUCGGAGUAUACGAUGGACGCGGAGGCCGAGGAUGAGAUGAAGAAUUUUUUGACCAUGCAACAGCGCGCCAUGGAAGUGCUGAGUGAGACUGUCAAUAAAGACCUCAAAGCCCUUGAUGUUAUUGUUAAAGGAUUGCCCGAACUUAAGCAGGCAUGAUCGAGAGAGGAGCGAAACCGUUUAAUAAAUUGCGAACCGAUGUCCGAGUCAAUGAA